GUUCUUCUGCGCUUGAGCAUCUUGAACUCGUACAGCUUCCUCCAUGUCCGACCUUCCCCAGCUCCUCCUUGCCUCACUCAAUCCCGCCACUAGAAAGCAAGCUGAACAGAGUCUUGACGCGUUCAGUGCCCAGCAGGGAUUUCUUUCCCAUCUUUUGAGCCUAGUACUCGACCAGUCCCAAGAACGCGCCGUCAGGUUAUCGGGGAGUGUAUAUCUCAAGAACAUCGCGAAAUUGAAAUGGGAGGAAGAUGUUCAGCCACUCACCGAGCAGGACAAGGUCGUCUUGAGGUCCGAGCUGGUGCCAGCUAUGCUUGCACUAUCUAACCCAUCGGACAAGGCAAUACGUGCCCAAGUUGCCGAAUCUGUCUCUCUCAUAGCAGAGCUGGAUUUUCCCGAAAAAUGGCCAAAUCUCAUUGAUCAACUGGUGUCAUCACUGUCUGCAACGGAUUAUAACAUUAAUUAUGGCGUUUUACAAACAGCGCACUCGAUCUUUAACCAGUGGCGCGCACACGUCCGCUCCGACCAGCUUUUCACCGAGAUCAACUUCGUCUUCUCAAAAUUCAUGGAUCCAUUCCUCCAGCUAUUCCGACAGACUGCAACCCUUCUCCUUUCUGAUCCUAGUCCGAAUCCCGCUCUGACGACACCCACUUCUAACUACACGACAUUGGCACAGUGCAUGGUGUUGCUCGUUGAGAUCUUCCACGACUUCACUUGUCAAGAUCUCCCGCCUGCCAUAGAGGAUGCCCAUGCCGAAUUCUUUGGAACAACACAAGGCUGGUUCCACACUUUCAUGCCCUGGAAUCCCCAAGAGCUCAGAGGAGAAGCAGACGACCCUACUCCAUCGCUUCCCGCACAGAUCAAGACCAGAAUUCUCGAAAUCGCAGAGCUCUUCCUCAAACUCUAUCCUGAACAACUUCAACAGUCUGGAGCCGUGCAGACACUGGUGCAAGGCGUAUGGAGUUUAGUGGGAUCGAAUCAGCUACCAAACAUAAGCGAUGACCAUCUGGUUUCUCAAGCACUUCGAUUUAUCUCGACUGCUAUCCGAUCGGGUCACUACCAGCCUCUUUUCUCCUCGCCAAACAUUGUUUCCUCCCUAGUGGAAGGGGUAGUCGUUCCCAACACUUCUCUUCGAGAGCAUGAUGUUGAACAAUUUGAGGAUGACCCUCUGGAGUACAUACGUCUUGACCUCUCGCUUUCCUCCGCUGGAACCGAUCUAGCUACGAGACGUCACUCGGCGGCCGAUGUGCUUCAAGCCCUGGUAUCCAGCGGGUAUGAGACCGCCACCACUGAAAUCGUCGGAAAAUGGAUAGAGACAGGUCUGAAACGAUAUGAAGCAAAUAAGACCGAAAACUGGAGAGCCAAAGACAGCGCCAUUUAUCUGCUAACAGCUGUUGCCACAAAGGGGUCGACUACCCAACAAGGUGUAACAUCGACGAACACACUUGUCGACGUGAUCAAAUUCUUUUCUGAACACGUUUUCCAAGACUUGGAAGCAUCUGCGGGCUCUGUUCACCCUAUUCUUCAAGUUGAUGCUAUCCGAUUUCUCUACACUUUCCGAAAUCAACUCACGAAGCCUCAACUGAUGUCUGUAUUGCCACUUCUUAUUCGCCAUCUUGGGUCAGCCAACUAUGUUUGCUGUACUUAUGCCGCGAUCACUAUCGACCGAAUUCUUUUCAUCAAGCAGGGCGGUCAGCUGCUGUUUACUCAGACUGACAUCCACGACUUUGCUGCUGAUCUCCUCAAUGCUUUACUGACAAAAAUUGAAUCCGCCAAAACACCUGAGAAGAUGGCAGAGAACGACCAUUUAAUGAAAUGUGUUAUGCGUGUAAUCUUCACAGCUCGUGAGGGUCUGGCACCUGGAUAUGAACAGACACUUGCUCGUCUCGUAGCAAUUUUGGGUGUCAUCUCCAAGAACCCCAGUAACCCUAAAUUCGACCAAUACAUCUUUGAAAGCAUAUCCGGCCUCAUCAGGUUCAUAGCACGGGUAAAUCCAGCCAACUUGACAACUUUCGAACAAGUGCUGUUUGGUCCCUUUACAGUUAUCCUGCAACAGGACAUUGACCAGUAUAUUCCUUAUGUCUUCCAGCUUCUCGCCCAGAUGCUUGAGAUGCAUUCAAAGGAUGUGCCUACGGAAUAUCGAAGCUUGCUCCCCUUUCUGCUCAUGCCCGCCAUUUGGCAACAGAAAGGCAGCAUUCCAGGACUUGUUAAGCUGCUGAGUGCAUACCUCUCACGUGAUAGCGCACAGAUGGUUGCGAACAGGCAGAUUGCGACAGUGCUCGGUGUUAUUCAACAACGUCUGAUACCCUCGAAACAAAAUGACGGUUGGGGGUUCGAACUUCUUCAAGCAGUCGUGCGAUACGUUGAUGGUGCCAGCCUUCAGCAGUACUUCAGGGAUGUUAUUAUGACAAUACUCAAGCGAAUGCAGGCGACCAAAACGGACAAGUUUAUCUAUCUCUUCACCCAAUUCCUACUGUUCUCCAUCGCGAUCGAAGUUCCGGGUGGCUUAUCAGUCGACUUCAUCAUCGGCACCAUUGAGAGCAUACAGCCCAACUUGUGGUCGCAGAUCCUCAUUAACUUCAUCCUUCCUGAGGCCUCUAGAAUUCCUAUCAAGGACCGCAAAGUUGCUGUUGUUGGACUUACUCGAUUGCUCACCGGCACACAGUACAUGUUGAUUGAACCGAGCGUUCGGACAUGGUCCUCGCUGUUCACUGUCCUCGUUAGGCAAUUCAAUGAGCCGCAAUAUCUUGAGGGUCUGAAGGAUGACACUGCCGUGGGUUUGACAGAGAUUGAUUAUGAAGAGGCGACGGCAGGCUACCAGGCCGCAUUUUCGCGUCUCGCUUGCUGAGCGUCUGAUGGCUAUGGAUAGGCAGAAAAUGGGGGUGCUUGUUUCUUCUGCAGACCGGGAGGUCGUGGGUCCUUUUUUGCAGAGUAUGGGUUUAUAGGAAUGGGUUAGCUAAGGCAUUUAAAUGCGACUUGGUUGAGGGACGAAGUAACAUGAUGUGUAUGCAUCCGUCUUGAGUUUGCUAUUUGAUACAUUGUUGUGGAGAAAAGAACAUCCUAGUUUUGAGUACCGAACCAUGUUCAUGUAUCGUGUAA